AUGACAUAUGGCGGAGAUAGGCGGCAAAUUAGGACAGUCAGUUGUUCGGACAGCAAGAAGUUAACGAAUGAAAUACUGGAGCAAAGCCCGAUGGCCCGGCAUCGGGCCGCUGUAGCUGAGUUCGACAUGGUCCGCCAGACUUCUGGGAUUAAGCACCCAGCGCAAUGUACCUUGAGGCGGGAAGCUGUGAUUACCUGCGCGGAGCCAGAUGACGGGAUGAGCCUAAACAAGGAGCGGGCGGACACGAGAGCGAACCUUAGAUCGGCAAGGACAAGAAGGAAGCGAGGAAUAGAGAGGUGGGAGCCAACACUGCUCCGUAUAUGUGCGCAACGGCUGAACAGAAGCGGUCAGCAAGCGUUAUGCCCUAGACGUUCAUUUCCUUGCAGCCCCUCUUCGCCACGCACGCCGGCCGCAGCGGGCCGUGGCGGGCCAGGGAUUGCCAAAAAGUCUGCUCCACCCGAAAAGCCCGCCGGCCGGCCGUGCCGCCCUGUACGGGGAUUGCAAAUUCCCCUACCGCUAGCAUCCUUGCCACGGAAACCCUAUCGUGGGAUUGUGAUUGCAUGCAUCGCAUUCGUCGAGCGAGGCUCCGACAACUCCGACGUGGUCCAGGAACGAGGCCGGAUGCACACUACGAUUGAGUGGUCGAGAGUGACCGAGGCGGGAAGACGGCGUCAUGUCGUUGGAACGCGGGGCAGGGAAUAUUUGGAGAUGACGGCACACCGCUGUAUCGGUCAGGAAGCGGCAGCUCCCAGGGGGACAUACGACAUACUUGCGUGCUACUGGAGAACUAGCUGCAGACCAGACCACCUUGACAACUUUAAACCGUGGCAAGUGGAGAUUCUGCAAGGGUUCCAUCUUUGUUGGCGUCGUUUGUCCCAGCGGGGCGGAACCGGACCAGCUAUCGAACGUUCAAACCUUCCCAUCGACGGCCCGCUGCCUUACCAAACGCUCCCUGACCUCUCUUACGCGGGCAGCACAGUAACUAUUGCGUGGGUUUUUGAUGUCACAACGAUCCGGUUUGCAACGUCCAGCGACUUCUUUGAGCCCCUUUACCGCCCAGCCCCGACGAUAUUUGACGGUGGCGACCAGCCAUCUCGACCUUCUACUACUGUGCGUAUGUGGCCAUCAGGUGCUCAGACUACUGUAAGGUUGGCAGAGACUAACGAAUUUCAUGGCCUGAUUGUGUAUUCUGUCCCCGCUACUAAGGAACGGCUGAAGUGGUCCCCAAUGCUGUUAGGACUGAACAGGAGAAUGCCUAUGACUAGACCUGUCAAUGAUGGUUCGACCCUGUUUUCGCUUGUCGCUCGCUUGUUACACUCGCCGCAAAAGGCCCCUUCGGAUAAACGGGGCUGA